CAGUGCUUCCAUACGCGUUCAAACAACUUGCUGGCACAAUCAGCCCUAUAUUUCUCGAUUUAGAGUUGUUUUUUAUGUUCAGGAGGAUUUUACGCGUUUUGUAAUGUGUUAAAGUUUGUUCUGGAGCCGUUGUCUCGUAGGAAAAGUGUGGUAGCUUCUUCCUUUUCAGCUCAAAAGCAGCGGGGAAAAUGUCCAGCUGAGGAGCGGAAAUCCUAAGAGCUCUGGGCCUGUUUUGGUAAUGAUUGGUCAACUGUUUCGACAAUGGCAGUAAAGGCAAAAGUUUUAUACGACUUCUCUGCAGAACCUGGCAACAAUGAGUUGACAGUUAAAGAAAAUGAGACAAUCACAAUUACCAAUCAGAGUAUUGGAGGUGGUUGGGUGGAAGCACAAAACUCCAGAGGGGAAGUAGGACUAGUACCAGAAGACUAUAUUGAGGUGACUGCAUCAUUACCGUCUUUUCCCGCUGCAGCACCUCCUGCUCCCAAUCCAGGAAAUGUAGCCGCUCCAGACCUGUCCUUCUUUGACGCCUUUGCUCCGGCUUCUGCACCGCCUCCAAAUCAGGUGGACACUGGGGGUUUGAGUCCCCAGCCUGAUACCCCAGACACCCCACUCUCUCCCUUCUUUUCUUUCCCAGGCGAGGCAAGUAAUGGUAAUGAUCCCUGGUCAACUUGGAAUGCCGAUCCUUCGGGAGGAUCUUCCAACAACUGGGCGUCCAACCCAGAGGGCACUCAGACUGGAAGGAGUGCGGCGCCGGACCCUUGGAGCUCUGGGUCCCAUGGUCAUCCUCAGGCUUAUCAAGGGCCAGGCCCAUAUCCUUAUUUGAUUGAUUACACAGGAGCAGAAGAUGAUGAGUGGGAUGAUGAGUGGGACGACAGAUCUGGAGGUUAUGCGGAGUCUGAAGCUGGAGAGGGCGGAGCCAUGCAGAGAGCUCACACAAUGAAAAUAUCCCUCAAUAAGUUUCCCUUCUCAAAGUCUGGUCCAGAGCUAUACCUCCUUUGCAAACAACUUACUAAAGGCAAAGAGAGGCUACCAAUUUAUAUGGGAGAAGUUGGCGCAGUUUGGUCUUACCCAGACACACAGCUAGACUGUGUUGUAGCUGACCCUAAAAAAGGCUCAAAGAUGUAUGGCCUCAAGAGUUACAUUGAAUAUCAAAUAACACCCAAUACCACAAAUAGACCUGUCAAUCACAGAUACAAGCACUUUGAUUGGCUUUACGAGAGACUUCUGGACAAAUUUGGGUCAGCCAUUCCCAUCCCAUCUUUACCAGACAAGCAAGUGACAGGACGUUUUGAAGAGGAGUUUAUUAAAAUGCGUAUGGAGCGGUUGCAGGGCUGGAUGACCAGAAUGUGUCGGCACCCGGUUGUUUCAAAUAGUGAAGUGUUUCAACUUUUUCUCACCUACAAAGAUGAGAAGGAUUGGAAAAUGGGCAAGAGAAAAGCAGAGAAAGAUGAGACUGUUGGGGUCAUGAUUUUUUCCACAAUAGAGCCUGAAGCUCCAGACCUGGACACACUGGAAGUGGAGCAGAAGUGUGAGCAGUUCAGCAGGUUUACGAAAGCCAUGGACGAUGGUGUGAAGGAGAUCCUCACUGUGGGCCAUGAGCACUGGAAGAGAUGCACAGGCCCAUUGCCUAAGGAGUAUCAGAGAAUCGGCAAGGCUUUCCAAAACCUGUCAUCUGUUUUCACCAGCAGCGGUUACCAGGGUGAAGCCACCCUCACAGACGCUAUGACAGAGGCAGGAAAAACCUAUGAGGAGAUUGCCCAGUUGGUUGCAGAACAACCUAAAAAAGAUCUCCACUUUGUCAUGGAAACAAACAAUGAAUACAAGGGUCUGUUGGGCUGCUUCCCUGACACCAUUGGCGUUCAUAAGGCUGCAAUAGAUAAAGUAAAGGAAGGUGACAAACUGGUUGCAGCUGGUAAAAUCACCACUCAGGAUAAAGUGACCAUGGCCAAACGUGUCAGCACCAUGUCUUAUGCAUUACAAGCUGAAAUGAACCACUUCCAUAGUAACCGUAUCUAUGACUACAACCGGGUCAUGCAGCAGUACCUCGAGGAGCAAAUCAAGUUUUACGAGACGAUCGCAGCAAAACUGAGACAUGCACACAGUCAGUUCACCACUAUGUGAGAAGCCCGGCUGUCACACUACAAGAACCCCUCCAAUAUUCCUGUUUGUACUAUGUUUUUCUGGCCAUGUUUUAUUUAAUUUUUACUUUCAUUCACCUGUGCCUUAGAAAAUAUAACAAUGUGUAGCAAUUGAAUUAGCAGCAGGGCUCUAGCAGCAGAAGAUGACCGUAAUUUUUUGACCCAAAGUCAGUGUAAAAUAUGCUAUAAUUUCAAAGUAAUUAGGCAAAUAGUACUGUGCAAAGGUCUGAGGCAAAUUUUUAAGAAAAGCAAUAAGCAGAGGUUGCACAUGUUUCAAAAAAGUACAAAAUAACAUCACAAUUGCUGUUUCGAAAAUACAUAAAAUUAGAAUAUCAAGUAUAUAAUCUAUAAUUACAAUGAAAGUCAACUCAAAAAGAGACAGAAACUAUGAGUGUAGUCUUCCCUUUAUGAUUAAUUUGAUGGUCUGUUCAGUUAAUACAUUUUUUUUUAAAUAAAUCAUUUUGGUCAAUAUUGCCCACACCUGAUUAUCCAUAGGUUUUAGAAUGAUAAAAAAUUAGGAACCUGGUAUAGCAAUUAACAAUUUUUCCAUUCCAUAAUAUAGUGUUUUAAAGUAAAAAUGUUGCAUGUAGCAGGAUGUUGAAACCUAUGAAUAAGUAUAACACCUCUGUCAAGGCACUGGUCCUUUCUUGCAUUGCUAAAAUUGUGUGUUCUAAAUCUAUGUACCGGUAAAUCACGUUUUAGUUCAUCACAUUGCGCGCGCCUUUGCACAUUACUCUACAAUAAAAUUGAAAAGUUAAGUAUUGUAGUUUGUUGUAGUAUAAGUUUGUGUACAUUAGCUCACGCCUUCUGCUGACCCAGCCUUGUCUUGUUCAGCUUUGCACUUCCUCCAAAUAUAGCAGGAAACUCCCAUCUCCUUCCUCCAGUGCCUCCUCACGUGCCUUAUAUUAUUGAACAAAACAAAAGUGCUUGAAUUGUCUGCCCUGACCAGCAUACUGUGAUACUGCAGUUUACAUUUUACACUUAAUUUUUAAUUUUGCUCACAAUAAAAGUGAAAAAAAUGAAAAUGUCCCAAUGAAGAAAGAUUAGAUUUUGGUGAAACGUGUCCCUAGAAAUAGUUGUUUUAUAUGAAGGUGUAUUAAGCACUAAUAAAUGUAACAAUGUAUUAUAAGCUCUGGUCACAGCCGGAAAAUAUGUGAUGUAUGCAAUUUUACUUCUGCUUUCACCAGCUUGCAAUCAGUCUAAUCUUGUACACUUUUUACUUUCUUAUGACUUCUUAUAAGACAUUCUGAGUAAGUAAUAAGAAAACUAGAAAUGUAACUAUAUACUUUGAGCCCAUCAGUUGCUCCAUAAAUGUUUUAUGUAUAGAGCUAUACCAUAUGUAACGAAAUUCUGUUUGAUUUAUUAAACAAUGAUUUGUA